AUGUUUGAGCUGUGGGACUCCAAGUCUAACAUGUCAGGAUGCAUUCAGAGCAGCCGUGCUUCAGUGAGCCGCCGCAGCCUGACCACUGUACCUCCACUCUUUCCCUUCCACACUUUCAGGCAGCGGAGUGCAAGUGUGACGCCCCCCCAUCGCGCUCUCUCCCUCUCUCUCCUUGGAGCAACAAGUGUCCGCCGUGGGACGUCCGAGCGCAUCCUCACGCGCGCAGAGGUUUUUGGAGUGACGCGCGCUUUGGGGGGGUUCAGGCGCAUGUCCACGGCACAUCUGUGGAUCCGCGGAGAUGGAGAUGGAUUAUUAACAGUCCGCCGUGGGUCGGUUCCCUGGAGACGCUCCGGGCCCAGGAUUACUUUGCGCGAUGACCCGGGACUCGGUGCUCUUACGCUGCGCCCUGACGCUCUGUUUGGCGCUGCUCUCGGCCAACGCAAGCAACUGGCUUCAAUCAUUAGCCCUGAACUUUCUCCACACUUCACGGCCUCACAGCAUCACCACAGACACCGCAGAGUCCGCGUCCUUCUGCGGCUGGAACGAAACAUACCCAGGUUGGGGGUGGGGGGGGGAGGGGGGGGGGGGGGGGGGGGGGGUGGGGGGGGAGCCGGGGCUGAAGGGGUAGGGGGGGGGGGGGGGGGUUGGGGGGGGGGGGGGGGGGGGGGGGGGGGGGGGGCGGGGUGGAUUGGUUGGGGGGGGGGGGGGGGGGGGGGGGGGGGGGGGGGUGGGGGGGUGUGCGAGGGGGGGGGGGGGACGGGCGGGAGGACGGGGGCGGGGGGGUGGGGGGGGGGGGUGGUGGAUGGGGGGGGGGGCGGGGGGGGGGGGGGGGGGGGGGGGGGGGGGGGGGGGGGGGGGGGGGGGGGGGGGGGGGGGGGGGGGGGGGGGGGGGGUAGAGGGGGGGGGGGGGGGGGAGGGGGAGUGGGGGGGGGGGUAGGGGGGGGGGGGUGGGAUAAUGGGGGGGGGGGGGGGGGGGGGGGGGGGGGGGGGGGGGGGGGGGGGGGGGGGGGUGUAAGGGGGGGGAUGGGGUGGGGGAGGGGGGGGGGGGGGGGGGGGGGGGUGGGGGGGGGGGUAAUUGGGGGGAAAUGGGAAAGGUGGGGAAGACACAUCAUCGGUCUGCUGGUGGUGGUGGGGGUGCUGUCUGUGGGCAUCGUGCUCCCAGUCAACUUCUCUGGAGACCUGCUGGAAAACAACGCCUACAGUUUUGGACGGACGACCAUCGCCAACCUCAAAUCUGGGACUAACCUCCUGUGGCUGCAUACGACCUUCGCCUUCAUGUAUCUGCUGCUCACCGUCUACAGCAUGAGGCGCCACACGUCCAAGAUGCACUACAAGGAGGACGACCUGGUGAGGCCACGCCCCCACAGCAGGAGACCACGCCCCCACAGUAUCAGGCCACGCCCCCACAGCAGCAGACCACAUCCCUAA